AAAGCAGUCACUACUAGUCUCUUGGAGGGCGAGAGCAGCCUGCCAAACGCCAAGUAGAAAGAUCCAGUCGUUGGCGGACUGCGGUUCGUGUGACGCGGAAUUCGAGCUUAAAUUUCGUUGUCGCCGCGCGCGCGUCUCUCUUUCAUUUUAAGUAAAAUCAGAAAAGUAUCCACGCAACGAACACUUGGCCGGUAUAAAAUCGCCGCGUCUCUGUACACACCUGGUGAUUUUCAUUCUGUUUCUUGUCAGUGUCGAUAUAUUAAUAACAAAAGUGCGAACGUGCAAGCUACGGAUUAUUUACUCACGCGCUUGUCACACGUUUGACAGAGAAUCCUUAAUCGACCAGAUCCUGCGAAGAGGAACUGCGCGAUGGCGUCGACGGUCAGAGAGAGUUCGCACGUUAGUCGAAAAAUCGUUAGCCACGGUGGAGGACAUGGUCAGAUUCACCACAACCACUCGUCAACAACGGCGAGCAACCUGGAGAACAAUUUGGACGCGCUGCUGGAGGACCUGCAAACCAGCGUUUCGCGAAGCGCGACUCCCGUUCGCGGAGGGCGAGCCCUUUCCCCGCAGGUUGAAUACAGAGCACCUGCGAACACUACGAGGAUCGUAUCCGAGGGUCGUACCAUCUCGCCAACGAGGUCGACAACAACAACAACAGAAAAGUACGUGACGACUGGAAACAGUGGCGCAGUCAGCGGAAUUCCUGGUCUCGAAAUUCUCGAUGCCGAACUGCAGAACGUUCAACCAGGGCAGAGCAAGACAGUAGCGUACAAACAGGUGUCUUAUCAAUACAAGACGAACCUCGAUGGCAGCCCGAGAGACGGUGACUCGUGGGCAAUGUCGGAAAACGUUCUCAACGCAACUGGCCCUCCGAUGAUUGAAGAAAUUCGCGACAGAAGUUAUACCGAAGAAUCGCAUCCAACUAGACGUCAUCGCAGUCCUGAUCCGCCUGGCAAGACUUCGACCGUAAACAGAGAACUGUUAUUCGACACUUCUUCUACAUCCAGGUCGAGGCAAACGUCUCCUCUUCCUGCAAGCCAGCAGCGCGAUGUUUCAUACGUACAGGAAUCGUCAAGCUACCACGUUGACCCGAGACCCGUACAAAGUACCGUGACGACAAUCAGGAAAAACCAGACUCUGAACGCCCCGCAGGAAGUCGAAAACAUCGAGUACAUCCCGGUACCAUCGCCAAACGCGGCAGUGCCGAUAAACCUGGCACCCGGUCCGAAUACCAAAGUAACAACGACCGUGAAAACUUACACCUACGAACUUCCCGGCUCGCCCGAAAAUUACAUCCACGGAAGCACGCUGCCGAGAGGGGUUGUGCUGCCCGGCGAUCAGACGAUAACUUACACCCUGCCGCGUGGAGGAAGUAACGACAAAAGCUACACCAUCCAUACGCAGAAGGUGACCAAUUCCACACUUCCGGGACAGACGGUCACUUACCAGGUGCCGUCACCCGAUGGACCGGGAACGCAAAUCAGAUACGCCAGUCCACCGCCACCGGAGACGACGACCAAGACGUCGAGCCUGCACAAGGAGGCCAAGUACUACCACGAGGAGCAACGUGGAUUUCCGCCUGGUAGUCCGGUCCAGAAACCAGUUAACAAUACCAUCGUUUAUCACACCGGGCCGCCUCCGAGUAACAACGAAACAGUGACAACUGUGACCAGGAACGAGAAGUACUACCAAGUUAAUGGAACCUAUCCGAACGGGGAUGGACCCCGCAGCCCGAACAGCGGUCCACACGGCCCUGGUUACGGCCCGGAUACCGACCGCCCGGAUCACGGAACCAACACGACGACUAUCAUAUACCAAAAUCAGCCAGCGCCGAAAACCGAAUCUCACACGACUACGACGAUAAACAGAAGCCAGGAAUAUUACGAGGGAAGACCGUAUCCCAAUGAACCUGCACACAAAUACCCGGGUCCCGAUCAUCAGAGGCCGGAAGGACCGAGCCACACGACGGUAAAUUACUACACCGUUGCACCUCCGCAGACGAAUCCACCUCAGCCGACGAACACGACGAUUUACAAGUACUCCAACACCACGACGACCAUUCCGCCAAACAAAUAUCCUGACGAUCACGAGGUUCUUCUGCCGAAACCGUUCCCCACGAGUGGCGUUCAACUUUAUCCGGCAAACGCGAAGCCGCAAACGCCCAGCAACGGACAUGGACCACCUGACAAGUUGGAGGACCUUAUGGCUUCCUUCUCGGACACGGAGCGGGUUGUACUGGCUGAUAUUUCUAACAAAGAGAGAGACCAGCAGAAGUUGCAAAAAUCUUCUGACCCUAGUAAUCCAAAGAAAGAUGUCGAUUUCGUGCCGCAUACGCCCCCGAAAGUCCAGAGCAAAAAUUACGCCGGACCUCCCGUUUACUAUCCGCCAGGAUCUGCCGAAUUCACCAAGAAGGAAGAGUCUGGCGGAGCUAUGAUGCAGUCUAGCGGAGGAUGGCAGAAGGGUAAAGGUAAAUACGAAUACGAAGCAUCGAGUAAAAGCAAAAGCAAAAGCAGUAGCGGAGGAGCCGUAGUUCCGGUUUGUUUGCCACUGUGCUGCGCUAUGCCUUGCGUAAUUAUGUAGGCGUCGCGUAAUUAUCAAAGUAUAUAUAAAUUAAUGUAAAUUUUACAGCGACGUAAAUUCUAUACCUCAGUAAAAAAUAUUAUGUUUCGUUAUAUCUCUCGUAAAAGUUCACUUUCGUUGGUGCACAUUCAAAUGUAGGCCAGGAUGUCGUAACCGCCGUAACAUAAUCGCGUGGUGUUUUCUAAAAAAAAAAAACUUAGUCUUUUAAUCCUAUUUUGAGUGAUUUUGAUUCUAUACGUAUGUUCGUAGUUUUAUACAAGAUUUUACCUUUCAAUCAGUCCAGUACCAUCAACCGUACAAAACUGUUUAGCAAAAAUUUCACAGUAAUAAAUGAAUAAUGCGAAAAGUGGCAAGAUAGCGAAAAAUUUUGUGGACGAAAAUUCGAUAAAUUUUAGACUAAAUAUCUGUAAGCCCAGGAUCACGUUACUCUUUGACCUUGUGUAUAAAAAUAAAAAAUCGCACAAUGAGGUCAUACCGUGGCUUGGGAAAGGUUUUUUGUUCAUAAUUACUUUGAUUUCUUUGUCCAAAAAGUUCAAGCAAAACCCGACGUUAAUACAAAUAUGUACACAUACAAAGUGUGAACAUUAACCGAUUUAUUUUAUUCAAGUUUGAGAUUACGAUAAAAACGUAACACCUUUCUCUCCAUCGUUUUUUUCAAUUUAAUUUUAUGAAAUAUUUUAAGUAAUUCCCAGUUGUUUUAAACUUUGUAUGUAAUAUAAUAUUAUUUAAAAUACUCAUUAACUAGUAUCUAAACUGGCAGUUUCGCAAGCAAGAUACACGAGUACCCGUUCUAAUAUCAUUUUCUCGAAACGUGCAAAAACCACUUACUUACACUGUUACACAUAAAUAUACGUAUAUACACACACAAUGAAUAUACACUUGCAGAUCUGAUCCGAAUUCUGUAACGAAUUGUUUUUACAUUCAAAACCACGCGUCAAUCGCGUGUUAGGAAAAUUAUACAUAUAAUUACUAUAAUUAUUGAUUACCAAUAUAUAUUUUGUAUUAUUUUAUUUACUAAUUAAUUAACAACGAGUCCGUAGUCUUUAAGAAAACGCAAAUUGACUAUACCAUUAUUUUAUUUACCUUACUUGACCGUUUUUCACAAAAAUUAAAAAAAGAAGAUCAAGCAAUGAGGUAAAUAUUGCAUAAAAAAUCAAAAAGGAUACACGUAUUAUCAUGGUAUUAAAGAGCCGUGAAUUAUGGUGCUAUAAUAAUUUUAAUGGUUGUAAUCGUAUAUAAGCGAAAUAAUAUAUAUAUAUAUAUAUAUAUAUAUAUGUGUGUAUAUAUAUGUAUAUAUACAUAUAUGUACGUAUAUCCGGAGACAUAAUUGACCGGCUUAAUAGUCGCAGGUAUGUUUGUAAAAAGAAACAGAA